AUGGGGAGGGAAAAGAAAACAACGCUGGCGGCCGCAACCGCCAGCAAGACCGCCAAAGAUAGGCAUCAAAGAACAGGGAGGGACAACAACGCAUGGACGGCACCCGUCCGAACAGACCUGGUAGCCCUCCCGGAAAAGAACAUCACGUCCAAGCACAAGUCUUACUUUCAGGUUUUUGAGAACCAUGACAAAAAGGAGAAAAAGCUCGAGCUACAGAUUACAACUGACAAAACGCCUCCUCCCGGAUUCGAAUUCGUGCCUAUUGGGAACCCCGAGCUUACUCAAGCAUGCAAGGAGCUUUCACGGGAGCGUGACGCAAUGAUCUUCAUCGUUUGUACGGCAAAGGAUGCCAACGCGAAUAAACUCGCACUCCAGAUGAGCCGAACUGGUCACCAUAUCAGACGUACUAUUGUCGAAGAGGCGCGUGCUCAACUCGGCGAGGAAGAUGCCUCGACUGCCUCGAACUCGGGGGAACCAGAACCGAUUCCUGAGACCCAAGAGGAAUACAAUGCGCAAGCCGACGCUGCGCUCAGGGACCUUUUCCCACGCAUACCAAAUACCGAUAGGCAGAUGAUCAUCGAGCAUGCCUUCAAGAAGCUUCUGAGAGAGGCUGGCUACCCAACCGCCAGGAAAGUCGUCGAGCAGCAUUGUUUAGACUUUCUCGUCAAGUGGCGAGGGGAUGAAGAGACCGGGCGAGACCAGUUUGACGAGAUAUUACGCGAGGUUGUUGUCCUGUCAGACGAUUCAGACGAAGACUCAGAAGACGACGAGAGCAGCGACGAGGACUUUGUGCGCAUCAGCAAGGCCCCGGACUUGAACCACGUUCCCGCAGAUUCUUCGAGAGUCAGCAAUGCUCUACACAAGCACAGAUAUGCCACGGUAUCGCGGUCGAGCAGGGCGCUCUCACAUAAGCAUCCGGUGCCAUCUGCUGAGGGAGGCUCAGUCCAGCGAACAAAGCCGCAGAGAUCUAAGAAAACUAACCGUGGCUUCAAGCGUUAUGAGGCUGUGGCCAAGCGUUGGGAGGAAGCCGUAAAUCGAAACCGGUAUGCGCAACAUGCUGGAACACCUGGGCAUGUUGCACCUAUGGACAGGAUACCCAGCCAGGGUUCCCGGCGGCCUCCCUCGGUUGAGAUUGUGUCGCCCGUACACAGAGCUGAUUCCCCUCGGAACUCACAUUUGGCUCUGAACCCGUUGCAUUUCUAUCAUGGUGGACAAAACCAAGGCCCACCACCCCGCCCAAAUGACCGCCUUCCGGUUGCUAACCUUGACCCUCGGCAGCACAUGCCUUUGGCCAGCUAUGCUGGUCCUCAGUUUGCUCCCCAGUCUGCAUCCCAUUCCAUUUCUCAGUCUGUUCCUCCGGAAGCCAUGAUCGUCGGCAGACGUAUCACCCGUGUCCCGGUAGAUAUCCAUUUGCAAUCUGGCCCAGCUCCACAGAGGCCUUAUCACGAAGAGCUGAAGGACUAUCUAGUCCCUUCUAUCGAGCCUGCAUCCCCGCACUCAGGACCAGAUGUGCCGCAAUUCGUGCGAAACUUCCAGUAUGACCAACUUGAUUCUGGCAGCGAUAAUCGACAGAGACCAGCAAUGAAUUCUCGAGUUGGUGAGCAGAUCGUCACACCACGAGACUAUUACUACGAAUCACAGCCAAAUCUGGCUAGCCAAGCACCUGAACACGUGAGAAGGGUCUACAGAGUACGAGAGCCUCUCGAGGACAGUCGUCGCUCGCGCGAGGCUCCUGUAAUCACCUCCAAACGAGUCAUUCGGGUGGAGAGAGGGGCUCAGUCUGCAGUAUCCUGGGAUUCAGAGCCACCUCGGGUGCGUGACUUCAGCCCAACCAGACUGGACCAGUAUGCUGGGCGUACAUUACCCUCGGGAGCGUUCGAGAACACCGGGCCUCGUCGCGUCGUGUACAGAGAAGCCAGCGCUUCCAGGUUCAAGGGAUACGACCAAGAUCCCGCCUCAAGCUCGGUGCAGCAUUAUCAACGCGAGGCCCAUCGGGCACCAUCCAUAGGCUUCCCGCAAGGCAGCACAUUUACCCGACCAGAUUCAUUCAUUCCCCCAUGCUUAUCGCGAGAGACCACAACCUCAUCAUGCUCGGGCGGGUUCCUCUGA